CCAGGAGCCUCCAGAGCGCCCAGUCGUAGUUCUCGUCGUGCGAAAUGGAAAGCCUCAAGUGGUGUCUGCUCGUGGCGGUGGCUCUCCUGUGCCAGUUUGGACUGGCCCCCUGCCAGGAAGGAGUGAAAACGUGGCGCAAGGGUGGUGUCAAGGGUGGCCACGAACCGGCCGCUAAUGGGACGCAAAUGGUGGACGCUGCCGAACUGGGCCAGAACCAGACCGGGUCGAUGGUCGACCUGCACCGAUCGAACGAAUCCGUUAGCGCUCUGGAUCGGUUCCUGAACAAGACCAAGGCUCAGAUGCCGGCCGGAGUGUGCUUCGAGGAGGUUCCCAUUGCUUCGCUGCUGAGCCACUAUCACCGCGGUAAUGUCCCGGUUGGCAACGCGUCGGAUCCGUCGCUCAGCCGGGUGCAUGUCUGUUGCGCCGGGUACGAGCGGAAUGUUUACAAUUUCCGCAAGUGCGAACCGAUCUGCACCGAGCCGUGCCUGAACGGACUCUGCGUAGCACCUGACACCUGCGAGUGCUAUCCGGACUUUGUCCGCAACUCGCGGGGCCGCUGCGUUCCGACUUGCCCGAUCGGGUGCGAUCACGGUGAGUGUCAACCCGGGACGAACGUUUGCCAAUGUCACGAGGGUUACGAGCUCGAUCGGAACGACCGGAAGCUGUGUGUUCCGCGGUGUACCGGUGGCUGCGGAGAAGCCGGUCGAUGCGUGGACGUGGAGCGAUGCGAGUGCGACGAAGGAUUCGAGUUCCACCCGCACCAAAAGUGUGCCCCACGGUGUGCCGAUGGUUGCGGGAACGGGAAGUGUGUCGCUCCCGGCGUUUGUGAAUGUGACGUCGGCUACGCUUGGAGGGACACCGGAUGUAAACCGAUCUGCUCCCCGAUGUUGUUCGGAUGUUUACACGGGACUUGCGUAGCUCCGGAAACCUGCUCCUGCAACCCGGGCUACAUCCUGAGCGUCGUGGGCCAGUGUAUGCCCGUUUGUGACAAACCGUGUCUGCACGGAGAUUGCACCGGACGGAACGUAUGCACGUGCGAUUGGGGCUACGAGAACGAUGCGGCCAAUCCCUUCCACUGCAUUCCCCACUGCCCCAACGGAUGUCGGAACGGUGUGUGCUCGGGACCCAACAUGUGCCUCUGCAAUGAUGGCUACGUCAAGGAUCGUUCGCUGAAAGGAAGUCAAGCUUGCGUGCGGCGUUAUGAUUCCGUCAAAUCGUAACGCGUGGGGCGAGAUAGCACGCCUCCGCCUUGCGCUGGUUGCCAGAGACCGAUCGCAGAAAUGGAAGUGGCGGAUGCAUUCGCAAAUGCAAGACUCGGACCUCGGCUCUUUGACAGAUUUGUUUACGCCACUACCACCAGCGCUGAUUUGAUAGCGGUUAUCAUGGUGCAAGAUGGAAACUAUCUUGACCGGCGUAUGCUUCGACCAUAAACAACGGAACAAAUGAAUAAAGCGAGCGAUCCGAUUUCAUUCCGAUUGCAGAUGAAUGUUGUGGCAUAUGCUUAUUAAAUAACUACGCAGCCAGGAUCU